AUGGUCCCUACUUUGCAAGAAGACAUCAACAAGUCCGGUUCCUUGUUGACCCCAAAGGAUUGCUCUGGUCCAUGGGUUGGAACUGCUUGGGGAUUUUUUGGUGCUCCUUGGAAUUUUUCUUGCUACUUCCUCAUGUGCAUGUGCAUGUUUGCCAGCUUUGUCUUUUCCACAUCAUAUUCUGUGGUGGUGCACAGUGGUGGGGAAGGGGCCUCCACUUUGGGUCGAAGUCCAGGCUGUGCAUGGAAGAAGUGCAGAUGUAGUUUUGGGGCGCUUCAUAUGUUUUACCUCAUAGCAAAGCAGAAACGAGAUUAUAGUGUGGAGCUUUAG